CUUUAUUUGCCCUAACAGAUUUUGAUUAGCGACGCCUGGGGCCGUCGGCAAUAUGCCUAGCGAUACGAUAUUCCCGGUAUUCCAGGCUACUGAAUUCAGAUUCCGGAGAACACAUGAGAAAUCCAGGAAUGGUUGCGUCAGAUGUAAGCAACAGCGGAAGAAGUGCGAUGAGUUGAGGCCGAGUUGCUCCAGAUGUACCAAGCGCAUGUAUAGAUGUCGGUAUCAGAACCGUCCGAGCGAUGCCAAUUUGUCGGAAGAGCAGGAACCGCUCCACUUGCCAGUUCCUGAUUCGCAUGUCCCACCUAACAGACCUAGCAUUGUAGUCCCAGGCUCUGAGUCGCCAUCCACACUUUCGAGUGAUCGCCAUUCGGCUCACAGUCCUCCGUCUGGUGGACAACCUGCUGCUUCUUCAGGACUUAGUACCGAUGAAGAGAGGCUAGUGUCGAAUUCAAACUUCCCCGCGACUCUCGACGCGACAGAGCUCGGUCUCCUAGCGCACUAUAUCACGCACACUAGCCAAACUAUACCUUUUGACGAUCUCGAUCUUUACGCUCUGUCGGUAGGAGUGCCAAAUCUGGCUUUCAAUCACAAGGCUGUCAUGUCAUCCCUGCUCGCCUUGGCAGCAGCAUGCAAGUCACACGGAAUAGCUAAACGAGCCCAGACGCUUCUGGACCACCAGAGCCUCAUGCAGAUCCGAGAGCUACUGACGCUUGCGGAGCGCCACCAUAGGGCGUCCCUUCGACACAUACAAUCAGCCAUACACAACUCUGAUUCGUACGAUCAUGUCCUCGCAAACGCGGCGUUAAUGGUAUUGUAUGCCUCUGCCAGCCACUCCAUCCGAGUACAUCUUGCGGCCACCGCAAAACAGUGUGGGCAGCGGCUGCCGGAUGAGUUGCUGCCGCAACACUCACAGUGGAUCUCCUUUACACGCGCGGCCCAUACAGUGUCUACUGCAAUUCUUAACGACCUCGUGGAUAAGGUUCACGGUACCAUUUCCAGCUCGGCUAUAGAUACAGGGCCGAAUUUACCGACCCCGGUCUUCCGUAGCACAGGUGUUUUAUCCCCGCAGGAUGGACCAUCUGAGAAUACAAAGCGUCUAUUUCUCCCUCUAGUCGCAUCUACAUAUACUCGAGCUUUUGAGAGCCUACGCCGGAGAGCUGAAUCUACGGCGGCCCGUUUAAAGAUGUCGGAUCCGUCUGCUUCCAACAACCUACAACUCGACGUAUCGUUGGAAACUGUGUCUGUGCUUGAACACUGUACAUCCUUGGCUCUAUCGACAAGAGAAGGCGACGAAAGCGUUCAGGUCCCCAGAAAUCACGCCCUAUCGUCAAAUAGAUCCCCCAAAGUCUCACCAUGGGUAGCAAGUUACAUGAUCAGCGUGACAUCAAUGGAAUCGCCACGGGUACUUCGACGGAUCAUCAUGUCGUUUUUGAAUAAAGCACCAGCUGAGUAUCUGAGUCUCGUCCGGUCGGUGCUCGAUUCUCCCUCCGUGGAGGCGAGCGCUGAGCGGUGGAUGACACAGGAUUCGCCCGGAACUGAGGUACCAUCGCUCAGCGCGACGCAUUUACUGGCUAUGGAUAUCUUUGCUCAUUGGCUGGUUCUUGUCAUGUUAUUGGAUGGGGUGUGGUGGAUUGGUGAUAUUGGACAGUGGGAGCUAAGUCAGAUUAUGUCCUUGAUGAAGACUCAGAAUCUGCUGGGCUGGUCGGUAGACACUGGAGAAACGUGGUGGCCUGAGAGCAUGUACUUGGUUAAGCGGGAGCUCACCUCCAAUGUCCAGCAGUGAUGAUUUAUUAAAUGACGGUUCCAUCUCAGACUACUUAGCCAAAAUUUUAUACCCAUGUGUGACCUUUUACCAAUCUCCAAUGAGCAAUAGAGC